CUGUUGCCUGCUACCAAGCAAACGAACACUACCAAACACAGAUUUCCAAACAAGACGCAGAUGAUCAUACGUGUAGCAUUUUAAUACAGCAGACGUAUUGCCAGCAGAAACAUUAUUUAAUUGCUUGAAAUAGUAUAAGCUGGAAACAUGAUGCGGAAACACUGGAGAGGAAGACCAUUGAUGGUCUUAGGUGGACUGGGAAUUAUUGUCAUCUUCAUACUUUUGGUGAGGUCAUCAAACAAUGCAGAGCAGAAGCCUAUAGAUCUACAUGAGCCAUGUGCUGAAACACUGAAGCAGAGUAAAGAGAAAAACCUGGAAAAAGUUGCGUCUUACAAGUUUCCGCAAGCUGAUCAUUACUUAGAAGAUUUACUUGGAGCCCACCCAGGGGAUGGUAAUAUGCCCAAGGAUCCAGUGUUUUUGUCAGCCUUUUCCCAAAGUCAUUUUAUAGAAGGGAUGGAUUUGGUGAAAAAUGUAUCGACAAUACGAAAAAUACUCCCCAAUUCAAAAUUCAUCAUUUACAACCUUGGAAUGUCAGAAAAACAUAAAGUGAAGGUUUUGGCUGUUUGUGAUUGUGAGCUGAGACUGUUUCCAUUUGAGCGCUUUCCAGACUUUGUUGGUAUAAUGAAAGGUUAUGCCUGGAAGCCCUUAGCUAUUCAGUUAGUAGCUAGAGAUCACCCGUUUGUGAUAUGGAUGGAUGCCUCGGUGCGGUUCAUUACAAAAGACCUUCAGCCCUGGUUUGACAAGGUCAGGAACCUCGGAGUGUUAGCUUCAGUAGGACAUGCUCCAGUUGCGAUGAGGACACAUCCUUUAACAUUCCAAACACUUGUAGAAAAACAGUGUACAUUUAGAGAAGACAAAGAGUUUGAAGCCACAUUUAUUAUGAUUUACGGCACUAUGUUUGUAAGGGAAUACUUUCUGAAACCAUGGGUGUCCUGUGCUUUAACCAAAGGGUGUUUAGUGCCUGAUGAAAGUCCUUCAAAGUAUAUAAAUUGUAAUGGUGAUGCUAGUAAACCUCAUUACUUUGACUGUCAUAGAUUCGACCAGUCUAUUCUUAGUAUUUUACUCUUAAGAUUAUACCAUGAGAAUAUUCAAAGCCAUAUUAUGCACCAUGAAUUUUACAGGUUUUGUAAAAGUGCUGAUGAAGAGUGGUAUUUACCACAGUUUGUAAAUGAAUUUCGAGUGGCAAACAGUCAAACAUGCAUGUAACACGUAGCUCUUAUAAAUUUUCUUCACAAAAUUUACUAGUAAUACUCAUAACUUAAAAUGCAUAAAAUUUUGAGCAAAAAGACAAAAGGUUUGAGCAAAAAGACAAAUGUUUAUAAGAUUUUUAGUGAAAGAUCUUGUUGGUCAUUAUUUUAUUUUUUUUGCCUGUUAGCUCAAUAAAUUAUAAGUUUCUUUUAUGUGUUUGCAGGGUUAUUAAAACAUUUGAUCCAAAUGGCAUUUGCAGAUUUCGAUCCACUCGAAUACACAUUAAUGAGUUGUAAAUGCUGUUUUUCUACAUUUGGUCACUGAGCACGUAAGAACUUUUUCUAUCUUAGGCUUACUGAUGACAAGAUGUCGCACCCAAGACCCUGGUCUCUAGCUUCAAGGUCACGGUCACUGAGUGCUUUAGAACUUUUUACUAUAAACCAUUUCAAAUGAUAGGUGCUAUGUCCAGUCCAUUUCUUGUGUUUAUUAGAAAUAUUUUUGCACUAUAAGAUGAUAAUGUGUGCACUAGCUUGAAUGUAAAGGUUAUUGCACGCCUCAGAAUUUUGUACCCACAAGGAAAUAAGAGUGUUUUUUUAACUCUUUAUUGUGAUAUCCUUAACAUAUAAUGUUGAUUGGCAUGGCUUUAUUAGCUCAUACGUAUAGGUUAACAAAUGUAUGUCUUAGUUUUAAAUGGCCAUGUAAUUUGCACAUUUUAUGUUCUUUUGCUGUUUGUGACUGGUCCAUAGUUUUGUCAUGCAGGAUUUGGAAUUUGGAGGUAAUUAAAUUUGGCAUUAGAGACCACCAUAAGAUGUUGUCACACCACACCCAGGGUAUUCAUCACUUACCGUGAUAGCUUUAGUUUUUAAAGUGACCGUCGGGAGCACAAUUUCUUUCAUCCAAGGGCAGGUGUUUAACACAAUUUGUUGAUAGAAGUUAAUGUGUAUUGUAUUCAAUUUUUUUUUAUUAGUUGUUGGGGUUUUUAAUGACUUAAUUUAAAUUGUGUAAAUUUAUACUUUAAAAUACUUCAAAUUGGGGAGUUCUUGUGCAUGACUCAUCUUACAUAAAGGGAGUAAGAUUAAAUCUUCCAGAACUGGUCAUAUAACUCGCAUGUCUGGCAUGAAAGAAAUCCAGGCCUGGCAUAAACGCGGAAUCACAUAUCUGUUAAACAUGAAAACAUGACAUGAGAGUCUGGAAUACAUAUGUUGGUUUCUAAAUUUUUAUGUUGUCUAAUGAUGAAAAAUAUUAAAUUCAAAUUUUGUUUUGUUAAAAGUUAUGCUUCUGUUAACCAUGCUUGUGUGAUAGGUUGCAUAUUGAAGGGCAUAAUGUGCAAUGCUUUAAAGGUCCUUAUAUUCAUGUAUUAAUUUAUUUUACCUUGAUUGUAAACUGAGGGAACUGGCCCCUGGUGGUGCUCAAAUCCAAAACCUCUUGAGUGCGAGGCAGAAACCACGAGACCACUGCUCCCAUGAAAAUACUUGCCAAUUCCCUGGCUGAGCUAUCCAGACUUGACAGGUCUCAUUUGCAUGGUGCUUUUGUAUGGCAAUAAUUACAUCAUAAUGAAAUUGCAAUUCUGUGAUAAUUGUAUUUAAACAUUGUAUGUUGUAAUUCAUUUUUUUAUGUACUUAAGUAUUAACUUUAAGACACCUUGUUAUCUUGUCUGUGUGUGUACUUGUUUGUAGGCUACCAUUGGUUUUGACCAUAUGAUAACUUCUUGUCCAUCCAUUUACUCUUUGUAAUAAAUAUAUAUAUAAUAAACUGCUACUUGAAUCUUCAUAGAGAUAUGACGAUGUAUGUUUACACAUUGUAAUUGAUAGUAGAUUAUAAUGUAUUAUUACAGGUCUAUAUAAGUUUAUGGAUUAAUUUGAUUGUCCUGUUGUGUAUGAACCAAGAUGUAGUUAAAAAAUAUGAUAUUUCCAAACAUUAUUUAAAAUUAAUGUUUUAGAAGUUAAUUCAAAAUGACUGUGUGUUUGAUGAUAAGGCGUAAAAAAAUUAAUUGUUUACCGUUUCCCGCCCUCCCCUAUUUUUUCCCCUACCCUAGGCCUUUUUAUUGUCUUGAGAAAUGUUUUUUUAUCAUUUUUGUGAAAAAAAAAUCUUUUAAAAGUUAGAGGUGAAGUGUUUUUUUAACAAUACCAGUGAUGCUAAAACUGAUUGUAAAGGUGUUCUUAAGCGUAUAAUUUAUUGAUUUUGGUAACAGAAAAAUCUAAAGAAACCAAAUAAGAAUAAAUAAAAACGAUUUCUGAACUACCUAUUCUAUUUUGGGGGGCAUGAAACCUGAAACGAACAUAUUUGGAAACGAACAUAUUCGGUUUUUACUCCUUAUUACUUUGUUUUGAAAUAUUUACUCAUUGAAAAAGAUGUCCCAACAAUUGUGAUUCUUGUUUAGCGACAUACAAAUUCAUCUUCUCUGUCUUCAAUCCUUUAAAGAGAAGAAAGUAGAUAUUACCUUUGUAAUCACUGGUUUAUUAACCUCACCUUAUGGAUGGGCAGGUAUAAGUUGAAUACAGUAAUUCUAUAUUUAUACUCUACUUCAUGUAUCCCAUGUACAAGAAUGGGACAUUUUGAUGCCUGGUGAGUGGUUGUGUAUGUGUAUUUCUUUAUACCUUGCGGUCAAGGAUAACCCGUGAAAGUGCAAGCACUUAUUUCCAACGGGGUCCUUUAUUUUUGCUGAAGGGACAGCAUGCUGAAGAGACAGUGGUUGGAUACAAGGAAGUCCGGGUGCGAUACCCUAGCUCUUUUUCGAAGAGACCCCUUGGUUCUUUUAAGUGCUCGGUUGUUGUAUCUGUUUGAAAGGGUUUGUUGUGUAAAGAAAGAAUAUGUAAAAAUUAUACUCAAACAAAUAUUACAAAGAAGCUUUUUGGCCUUGAUAAAUUUAAAAAAGGUAAUUUUGCAUCUUAUUUCAGUUUAAAUAAUGAACAAAAAGUCAAAAACACAAACUGCAAAAAUGUGUUUUUUAUUUAUUUUUUUCGAUCAUUAAUUUUACACAUUAGAAAUCAGCAAACAAUGCCUUUUCAAAUAAUACCAAUUUUUAUGGGGUCUCUAGGCAUCAAGAGUUAAAUCACUAGCUUAAUUGUAAAUAGAAUAGCUCAAGCCUCCAUAGAAAUGCUCAAAAUAACUGUACAUGACUGUUGUGUUUGGAUGACUGAUUCUGUAGUGGAUUACUUGUUUAUUUUUCUAUGUUAUGCUUUAUUAUAAUUUUGUUUAAACAAAUAAAAGUUAUAUUAUUUUAA